AUGCAGGUGCCCGUAUAUGUGAUGAAGAAGUUCGUAUAUGAGGAUUUCCUGCGGGUUAUUCAAGAUCAUAAGAUAACGCAGUUGCAUGUCGCGCCACCGAUUAUGGUCAUGCUGAGCAAAAGGCCUGAGACGGCCAAGUAUUACCCGAGUAGUGUUAAGCUCAUUACAUGCGGAGCUGCGCCGUUGUCACGCAAGCUCCAGAACGAGGUCUCUGAGAAGCUCGGGGUUAUAGUACAACAAGGGUCGGGGAUGACCGAGGAACUUAUUAAGGUCAACGCUUUGCAAGUCGCGCCGGCUGAGCUAGAGGCAGCAUUGUUAGAGCAUGAUGGCAUCGCUGAUGCGGCUGUCGUUGUGACGACGAAGAAUUUCCCCGGGCAUACGUCGUCCCCAAGGAGAAUGCAAAGCAAACGAAUUCAUCGACUACGCCGGCCCAAAUCCAAGAAUGACUUAAGCCCCGUGUUUCCAAACAUAAAUGGCUAACCGGCGGAGUGGUGUUCGUCGACGAAGUCCCCAAGUCUCCGAGCGGGAAGAUAUUACGCAAAGUGAUGCGAGAAUGGGCAAAUAGAGAUGCCGCAAAGCUUCGAGGUAAUAGAGCUAAGUUGUAGAUAAUGAUGACGUGAUAGAGAGGAGCAGCCAGUUUUGUAGUUCCUUCUUAUGCCUAUAGAGAGUUGUUGGGUAGUACUGUUGUAAGGGGAUGGUCAGGGUCUUGAGAUCUAGGUUUUCCGUAGCUGCGCUAA